AUGCCCGAAAUCGCCCGAUAUAAAACUCAGCCAGCGGAAGAGACUUCCCAGCCCAUUUUCAGAACGACCCUACUAAAGAUUUCUAUCAUCCACCAAUCAUGGCUCAUGAUCAUUAUUCCAAUCCCUAAGUUCCUGCCUCAAGGUACAUGUUCCCUCUUUUCCGCGAACCCCCCCACCAGAAGAACAGUCCCACAUCCCGCCAGCCAUUUGGCUCGCAUCCUCUACAACCAGCUCACUGAACGAGCUUUUCAGGAACCAUUGAGCAAAGCAUCGGGACUAGAGACUCGAAUCCCAAGUCACAUCAAGCUUCAUCCGUCUCACCGUUUCCAGAUCAGAACCUAA